AUGGCCAUGACAAAGGUCAAGAAGCCUCACGCUGCCCUGCUCGCCAGCCCUGGCAUGGGACAUCUCAUUCCUGUCCUUGAGCUUGGCAAACGAAUGGUUACUCACCAUGAUUUUCUUGUAACAGUCUUCGUUGUUGCAAGUGAUCCUGCCUCAACUUCCCUUCUCAACUCACCAACCCCAAAUGAUGAUCUUGGCAUUGUUGCACUCCCAUCUGUGGAUAUCUCCGGCCUAGUCGACCCCAAAGCCCCUCUCGUCGCGAAACUGCUCGUGCUCAUGCGGGAGUCCUUGCCAAGCCUCAGGUCUUCGAUUGCUGCCAUGAAGUGUCGCCCGACAGCUUUGGUUGUGGACUUGUUCGGAACUGAUGCUUUUGCAAUAGCCAACGAGUUUGGAAUGCUUAGGUACGUGUUCGACACCACCACUGCAUGGUUCCUCGCCGUCGCGUUACAUUCAUCCAGCAUCGGUAAAAAUGUAAUCUGGGAGGAACAUGUUAAGAGCCAAAAGCCAUUAAAAGUUCCUGGUUGCAAGUCGCUUCGAUUUGAGGAUACCCUUGAAUCUUUUCUCAACAUUGAUAGGUUUGAUGGGUCUCAAUUUCUGGGAACUGAGAUGACAAAGACCGAUGGGAUCUUGAUUAAUACUUGGGAGGAUCUUGAGUCAACAACCGUUAAAGCACUUCGUGAUAAUAACUUCUUGGGGAGAGUCGUUAAGGUCCCCAUUUAUCCUGUUGGUCCACUGAUCAGGAAGGAUAGAAAGCAGGUUUUAGAUAAAGAAGUAAAGAUUUGGCUUGACAAGCAACCCACCGAAUCAGUUAUUUAUGUCUCGUUUGGAAGUGGAGGGACUUUAUCAGCCAAACAAAUAAUAGAGUUGGCUUGGGGUUUAGAGCAAAGCAGGCAAAGAUUUAUUUGGGUGGUUCGUCCUCCAUCAGAGAAUGCACUUGGGACCUAUUUCACCAUAGGGAAAAACGACGGGGAUGGCAUGCCGGAUUACUUGCCUGAAGGGUUCUUCACUCGAACCAAGGACAUUGGUUUGGUGAUCCCAAUGUGGGCACCUCAAGCACAGAUCCUGAGUCAUCCAUCAGUGGGUGGAUUUUUAUCCCAUUGCGGUUGGAAUUCAACUUUGGAGAGCAUUUUAAAUGGGGUACCAAUGAUCGCGUGGCCGCUUUAUGCAGAGCAAAAAAUGAACGCUGCAUUGCUGACGGAGGAGUUUGGGAUUGCUGUUCGACCCAAGUUGUCACAGACUGAUGAAAUUGUUGAGAGGGAUGAGAUAGCGACGAUGGUGAAAAUGAUCAUGGUGGACAAUGAGGAAGGGCAUGCAAUGAGGACCAGAGUCAAGGAACUAAACAGCAGUGCAGAAAAGGCUUUGAGCAAGGGCGGUUCCUCUUACAAUUCAUUGUCCCAAAUCGCCAAAGAUUGCUUGCAGCGCCUCCAAGCGUAA